AUGUCAGCGCUAGAGUCAUCGGAAGAUAAUGUUACCGGCGGAUCCUUGAAAUCCCGGCGAAUUCACCGUCGCGUUUUCUUAAUUCAAUGUGAACUCUAUUCUUCUUCUUCUCUACUUUCGGUUUCCGUUUCUCUUUCUGAAUCAUGCUCGAAAUUCGGAUUUAACUAUCGUACUCACUGUAUCUUCAUCUUCUUCCUCCCGCGCUUCAGUCAUCGGAAAGUUCCGUUACCGGUGGAUUCUCGAAAUCCCGGCGAAGUUCUCCGUCGUGCUUUCUUAAGUCAAGCGCUAGAGUCAUCGGAAGAUUCUGUUACCGGAGGAUUCUCCAAAUCCCGGCGAAGUUCUCCGUCGUGCUUUCUUAGCUCAAGCGCUAGAUUCAUCGGAAGAUUCUGUUACCGGCGGAUUCUCCAAAUCCCGACGACAUUACCGUCGCGUUUUCUUAAUUCAAGUCAUCCGAAGAUACUGUUAGCGGAGGAUUCUCCAAAUCCCGGCGAAAUUUCCGUCGCGUUUUCUGUACUCAAGGCCAUGUAUAGCGUUAAGUCUUCACUUCUCCUCUCCGGACUGCAAAACAACGUGGUUACGUAUCAGUCAUGCGCUCAAAACAACGGCAUUAAACAAAUCGGAAUGGUUACGCACCGCACUAAACGUGGUUUUGCCCUCAAAACUAGUCGUCGGAUCGCUGUUAUCAAAGCAAAAACUGGAGAUGAGGAAUACAAUUUCAAUCCAGCUGGGAUCCUGUUGAAAUCUCUUCUCCGCAGGGUGGACGAGGAGACUAAAACGCUGAAAUCCAUCAUAUCUGUGAGAUCAGAACACGUGAGCUCUCUGGACCUUAACGAUGUGGAUGAUUUGCAGGCUAUACUGUUCACCCUGGAAUGGGAAAGGUCACUGGUUGAAAACCUGAUGCUGCUUAGAAUCAUGUUGGGAUGGGUACUGUCGCCUCCGCCGAAUAAAGAAAUUCUGGACGCCGAAGUCAGUUCGUUGCUGGAGGAGACAGGAGCAGAUCAAGAAGAAGUUGAUUCCCUCACUCUUGACAAGGCGUGGAGUCUCUCAGAGGAGAAGAUGAAGGGUGUGAAACGUGCUGUGCAAGCAAGAAUUGAUUUCGAGAUGACCAUCGACGUAACGUCUCCGACAGAAUUGUUCAAACUCUCUCGUCUACUGAUACACGAGGAAGCAGCGUUGAUAGCAUUGAGGGAGGCAAAGCUUGGGCUUUCAAAGUUGACAAAAUCUCUCAUCCUACCAAGUCUAGAAGAUGCACAAAAGGAGUUUGAUAUUUGCACUAGUGACUUGAAUCAUUUAAGGGAAGUCAAAGAUGAGAUUGAGAAGCUGCCACAUAAGAACGAAGUGGAGUACGAUUUCCUAGAUGACUACUCUUACCUGGAGGAGCGAGCAAUCAAAAGAGUGGAAGAUUCCAAAAUAAUGUUGGACAAGGUGAAGAAUAUGGAAGAUACCAUUUCAGACUAA